AUGGUCUCUUUCCAGGAUCCGUCCUCCUCGUCCUCCUCCUCCACAACAUCCACCUCGUUCUCCCAAUCCCAGACCAAUCAUCUCGUCCAACAGCAUCAUCUCCACUACCAUAAUAGUGCGGACACACUGGCUGUCGCUUCGUCCUCUCGCCAUACCCUGGACUACGACCAACCGCAAUCCGCCGCGGCCUCGUCGCUGCCUCGACCCAGACACGACCUCGCUUCCACACCGUGUGCAUCUACUAGCAGGCGGCGUGGCUCUGCGGUGUCGCCUCCAUCGUCUCCCGCACAGUCCCCGCGCAGCGACUACGACGACGACGACCACCCGGGGUCAGACUCGCUCAAGGGCAGCCAGUCCCUCCACCACUCUCAUAGAUCCGAUCACCCCACCACAACAGCCAUGGCUACCCUCUCGGUCCACACGCCUCCCGCUGUGCAUCAGCCCGACCCCAUGCUCUUUGCACGCGCUACCAACAGCCCGCUGCAAAAGUCGAUCGCUUCGCUUCGAGCCGCCUCGCCUUCGCCUCCUCCUCUGGCGGCAGCCCCUUAUACCCAACCUCCAGUCACCUCGUCCCUGGCAAACGUCACGGCGGGCGAUGGCUGGGCCAUCAUACCCAAGAGUGCGACUGCGCAACCUUCUGCCACAAUGACAAUGCAGGCCCCAUCACCCGCCACCUCUUCUGCCACAGCAGCACAGCAAUCCGCUGCAUCGGGCCUUCUCGGUCUCAGCCAAGCCGCAUAUGCGAGCGCCGCCGCCGACCUCUCGAAUCGACGAUGCGGUCCCGCCGACGCCUCCACCAACUUCGACGUGCCCUUUGGCGAGCGAGCUUCACCCGCCAUCAUCUCGCUCUCCCAGCGCGGCGCGAGACCUCUCAGUCGCAGCGGCACCCGUCCGCCCAGCCCGCUCACCCUCUCGCCCGCCAUGCAGAGCGAGGCGCUCAACCCGUCCGGAGCACACCGCGGCGGUCUACGUGGCUCCGACGAGGAUGUCGAGAUCGCCGACAAGGACGUUCCCAUGAACACAGACGAAGACAGUUGCACUUCCACCGGUGCCACGCCGCUCGUACCUCCGGCAACGCGCAAGCUGUGCGUCAGGCACCAACGCAUGGCCGACGAGGGCACUACCGCCCGUCUUCAGAAGUCGAUCGAGAGUCUGCCUCUGUCCGAUCAGACCGCCGUCAACACGGUGUGGUCGCUCUUCUCGUCCUCGUCGCACUCCCGCAGAGCUCUCAUCCUGCAGGGCAUCCUCACCAUGUGCUGCUUCAGCCAGCUCUCGCUUCUCUCCUCGGAGCUCGCGCUGGCCAUCCGCAUCGACCCCUUCUCGCUCUUCCCGCGCGAGGUCUCGCUCAAGGUGCUCGGUCACCUCGACGCCAUCAGCCUCGGCCGCGCCGCACAGGUGAGCCGCUCGUGGAAGCAGCUGGCCGACGACGAUCUGCUCUGGCGCAACAUGUGCGAGCAGCACAUCGAACGCAAGUGCGAAAAGUGCGGCUGGGGCCUGCCGCUCCUCAGCGAGCGUAGACGCCGAGCUCCGGGCCCCGCCGUCCAGCUCGGCACGCCCGAGUCGCGCGAUCUGAGCUCCGACGGCUCCGGAGCCACCUCGUCUACAACACCGGGCACGCUCAAACGCACCAUCACCGCCGCCGCCAACGCCGCUGCGCUCGAGAAGCAGUCGCGAUCGCGCGCAUCCAGCCCCACGCCCUCGUCGUCCAGUCGAGCACACUCACGCUCCGUAUCGGGCCAGCGCGACCUGCAGAUGCGCGAUCGCGACGCGCCGCCGCUCAAGAAGCAGCGCAGCGGCCUCAACGGCGAGGCUACGCCGUGCUCGUCGACGGGCACAGUUCCCAAGACGCGUCCGUGGAAGUCGGUCUACUGCGAGCGCCUGGCCAUCGAGCGCAACUGGCGUCGCGGCAGGUUCACUUCGCGCACCCUCGCCGGUCACACGGACGGCAUCAUGUGUCUGCAGUUCAACGAGAACCUCGCGCAUCCCGCCUUCCCGGUGGUCAUCACCGGCAGCUACGACCGCACCGCCCGCAUCUGGAAUCUCGAGACGGGCGAGAUGCUGCGUGUGCUCGAGGGCCACACGCGCGGUGUGCGGUGUCUGCAGUUCGACGAGGCCAAGCUGAUCACUGGCUCGAUGGAUCGCACGCUCAAGAUCUGGAACUGGCGCACGGGCGCGCUCAUGAGGACGCUCGAGGGCCACACCGAAGGCAUCGUCUGUCUCCACUUUAAUGAGGACACGCUCGCCAGCGGCAGUGCCGACAGCAACAUCAAGAUCUGGAACUUCCGCACGGGCGAGUGCUACACGCUGCGAGGGCAUCGUGAUUGGGUCAACGCCGUCACGCUUUGGACGGGUCCGGCUGCCAAGAAGCGCCAGCAGCGGCUGCGCGAGGCGCUGCGCGAAGGACGCCCUGCCGCCUCGAUCAAGGACGAGGACCCGCGCGCCGCUGGCACGUUCCUCUUCUCGGCCUCGGACGACGGCUCGAUCCGGCUGUGGGACCUCGGCCUGCGCGAGUGCCUGCUGACCUUCGAGGGCCACGUCGGCCAGGUGCAGAGCCUCAAGCUCGUCAUGAUGGACGACGAGGCGGUGCGCAAGCUCGUCGGCGGCGCUGCUGGCGGUGCGGUGCGCAAGCUCGUCGGCGGCGCUGCUGGCGGUGUGGGCGCCGAGGGCCCCCAGGCUCAGCGCAACGGUGCGUCUCGUCGCGGCUCGGUGCACGGAAGCGGAGACGGCGACGACGCGCCCGACACGGUCGAGAAUGGCGACCAGGACAUGCUGUCGCUCGAAGACCAGGAGUCGUACUUCCUCGGCGAUGCGAGCCUGUCGCAUUCGCGUCGGCUGUCGGGCGGGCUGCCGUCGGCGGUGGGCGCUGCUGAUGUGGGCCCGGGCAGCGCCAGGAAUGCAGCGGGGCGUCGGCCGUCGAAUGCGGCCGAGAAUGGCGAGCGGCUGUACGGCGCGGCUCGACGUGGCGCCACGGGGCCGUCGCCGCUGUCGUCCUCUAGUACGGCUGCUGCUGCGUCGUCGUCGUCACAACAGCGACAGCAGCGCCGACGCAUCGACAAGGCGCUGCUGCGCGUGCAGGAGCGGCUGUGCGAGGCUGGUCUGGUGGAUCCUUUGCCGCUGGACGCCGAGAUGGGUGACCUGGACCCGAGCAUGCGCGGGGCUCGCAAUGGCAGCGGCAACCGGUCGGGCGACGAGUCGGGUGGCCAGUCGGGCCGCGCGGGCGACGGCGAGGCGAACGGUGCGGGCGCCAAUGGUGAGCGCCACCACGCCAAGCCGCGACCGGUGCUGAUUUCGGGCUCGCUGGACAACACGCUCAAGGUGUGGGACGUGCGCACGGGGCGGUGCAUCCGCACGCUGUUCGGGCACGUGGAGGGCGUGUGGUCGCUGGACGUGGACAAGCUGCGCAUCGUGUCGGCGUCGCACGACCGCACGAUCAAGAUCUGGGACCGCGACACGGGCCUGUGCCAGAACACGAUCGUGGGGCACAAGGGCGCCGUGACGUGCGUGUCGCUCACGGACGACAAGAUCGUCAGUGGGUCCGACGAUGGUGAUAUCAAGGUGUGGAGCUUUGCGGUGAAUGCGGCUGCGUCGGCGGGGGUGACUGCGAACGUGCCGGCGCCGCUCCCGCCUGUGCCUCACAGCCAGCAGGCGCAGCACGAUGGUCGCGCCGCUUGA